AGCGUGGGUGCUGGGGCCUGGACUAGAGAUGGAGAAAGUUUGCCUGAGGUCACCGGCGGGGGUCAAGAGAAAGAGGGGAGCCUGCGAGGAGUCUGAGCGUGUGAACGAGAGGAAGGGGCAGAGAAGAGAAAGGCAAGGAACGGCAGAAACAGUGUCAGAAGUGGGAAAAGAGGAACCAAAGGGUGCUCUGGGGCCAGCAGGAUGUGACAGGACAGGAUGUGUGCUGGCCACACGUGUCCAGCCAAGCAAGCCGACCCAGGAGGCGAAGACGAGAACACGCUGAGAUCUGACGGCGGGCAGGCAUUUUACGAGGAGACAGGGAUCCCAGUGCUGUCCUGCAGGAGCUCACAGAGUGCUGGGGGGCAGAUCAUUGGAGCUGGACCCACAGCACGAAGCAGAAAAAUGAGGAUUGUGAGACUGACCCUGGCUAAUUCAGGCAAAGCACCCAGGACAAUGCCUGGCACAGUGGUGGGUACUAUGCCGUGAACUUCUUGAGGCUAGGACCACACCAUGUUUGACGUGACUCGAAAUCUAUGCAGCUCAUCCCAGGUGUGAUGGAGCUUGCAUUUUCCUAUGUAUCUGGAUACUCUGUAGCCAUUCUCCUCUUACAAAUGGUAGUACUCCCCUCAGAGCAGUUCACUGUGAGCAGCUCCGGGAGCCACCAGGUGGCCCUGGUGGGUGGACACGCUGAGUUCAGCUGCCAGCUGUCCCCACCACAGAGUGCAGAGCGCAUGGAGGUGGGCUGGUUUCAUGAGCACUAUUCCCAGCUGGUUUACCUGUACAAGGAUGGGGAAGAAGUCUCUGGAAAAAGCACUUACAACUAUAUGAAUCGCACAGUACUCCUGAAGGACAGCCUAGGAGAAGGCAAAGUCACCCUCAGGAUCCAUGAUAUCAGUGUUCUUGAUGGGGGACAGUACCACUGUUUCUUUAAAGAUGGUGACACCUCUGAAGAGGCCAUCAUGGAUCUGAGGGUAGCAGCUCUAGGCUUGGAUGUACAGAUUAAUGUUCAGGUUCCUGACACAAAAGGACUCAUGCUGGAGUGUAAUUCGGGAGGGUGGUUCCCAUCACCCCAGAUGGAGUGGAGAGACAGCAGGGGAAAUGUAAUUCCAUACUCAUCAAAGUUCUCCUCAGUGGAUGAAGCUGGAUUAUUGCACCUGAAGAUGAGUGUUCUUCUCAAAAACAGCACCCACAGUCCUGUCACUUGCUGUAUUUGUAAUCCAGUCACUGGUCAAGAGAAAAGGGCAGGUGUUAUCCUACCAGGUAUCCUGUUCAAAUCAAAGUGUGCGGGGAUGUUAUGUGAGAACUUAUACAUCCUGAUAUAUCUGAUCAUUUUACUUGCUCUUUUGUGUUUCAGCAUGAACUGUAUUUUAUCCAGGAAAGUUUCACAGAAUAGAUGGUGUGUUCUCUUUUCAGACUGUAUCCCUUUCCUGAUACAUGCUGGCAUCUCCCCUAUCUACUUGAUAUUCAAGAACGGAGACACUGGAAGGGAAGACCCACAGGGAAGGUCCUCUUUGACAUCUCCAUGGAACUCUUCCUUCACCUGAAGCUUAUGACACGGGGAUGAAAACACACAUACAGGGAGGAGUAGCAUAUAAUCCAAAUCAUGAGCAAUCUCCGUGUAAAAGUCACACAUCAGCAAAAAGAAAGAGCAGAUUCAAUAGCAUAAGAGCCAGAGCAACAAAAGCAGAUUCAUUUCAUACCCUUCUGAAUGCCAUAGUUCCAAACCCUAAUUCAUUACUCAGUCAUUAUACUUCUCUGGGACUAGUAAACAAGUGUAGUUUCUUUAAGAAUUUGGGGGCUACAUAGUGAAUAAGAAUGGAGAUCACAUUAAUCUUCCUAUUCUGCACUUUCAAGUUCAUGAAUAAAAUGUGCAAAAAAUCCUACUUACUGUGUGGUACAUAUACACCAUGGAAUAUUACUCAGCCAUUAAAAAGAAUUCAUUUGAAUCAGUUCUAAUGAGAUGGAUGAAACUGGAGCC